AAAAAUCUAACUUGUAAUGCGACAAAAUGUCAUCUAAAUUCAUAAUCGAUAGUAUGCUGCCCAAAUAUGCUCAGUUCCAACCAUUUAUAAGCUCACAACUAUCCUCACACAAUACCAAUAAUUCUACUUCAUCCACGACUUCAAAUUCAUUAGUGUCCGCACAGACUCCAAAUUCUGAGGGUAGUCCAUUAACUACUACUGGUAGCGAAGGGAGUCCCAAUUCGCCGGCAACAAGUAACAAUAAAAUGUAUCCAUUCGUCUCGAACCAUCCGACAACGCAUGCCAGUUACUCCUCGAUGCCAGGCUUUUCCGGUUUAGAUGAUAAGUCGUGCAGAUCUGAAUAUUUAAACUCUAGAUAUACUGACAGUGUCAUGAACAGUUAUCCAUCGAUGGGAGUGCCGGCAGGCGCUUCAAGUAUCGCCCAAUUUUAUCAUCAGGCGGCGGCCGUUUCUGCAGCAUCAGCUGGCGCCGCAAUUGACGCCAAUUCGCUUGCCAGCUCGCAACUUUCCUCCUCGGGAUUAUCUUCCGUCGGCACAGGGCAAGGCGGUUUGCCUGACAUUACGCGACAUCCAUGGCUUGUUACAGAUUGGAUGAGUAACCCCUUCGAUCGUGUAGUUUGCGGGGACUUUGCAGGACCGAAUGGAUGCCCACGACGAAGAGGUCGUCAAACGUACACACGAUUCCAAACGUUAGAGUUAGAGAAAGAAUUUCACUUUAACCAUUAUCUCACACGGAGGCGACGCAUCGAAAUUGCUCAUGCAUUGUGUUUGACUGAACGACAGAUCAAAAUUUGGUUCCAAAAUCGGCGGAUGAAGUUAAAGAAGGAGCUUCGUGCCGUCAAGGAGAUCAAUGAACAAGCUCGUCGCGAACGCGAAGAACAAGACAAAAUGAAGCAAGAAUCGCUAAAAUCCGCCCAACAACAUCACAAUCAGCACCACAAAACCGAUCAUCAAGCCAAUCUCGUGUCGCAGCACCAAGGCAUGAGCCAUUUACAUCACCCGAGCGUACAAAAUGACCUCAAACUGGGUCUCAGCGGCAUGGGGCACUUGGGCAUGAUGGGCCAGCUAGAUAACAAAACGAAUCAGGACAUCAUGAAAGCCGUCAGUAAAGUUUCGUCGUAAAUUUCUCCGCGUUUCAUGCUAAACAGAAAUAAUAAUACUUGAACAAGAUAAGCAAAAAAACGUAAAAUAAAAUAAAUUAUGUGUCUGAAUGUACAUUUAAACAAAAAACAAAAAAAAACGUAUAUAAAAGUAUCAUCAUGCAUCA